GAGCAUGUCUGGGGCAGCGAGACCCAUCCAGCCCAUCCAGCAACGGAGCGUAGCGCGGGAUAAAACGAAAGCGCAUGAAUAAUUCACAUCCUCUCUUUCUAUCAGAGCAGGAAAAACUAGAUGCGUUCUGCAGAAUGAAGAUCUUCUCACAGACGCGAUGAAAUGCUCUGAAAGAUCACUGCCAAUUUAGGUCAUACACACAACUAAGUUUAAUUUGUUUUAUUAUUUUUUGUUUUAAGCACAGUAACGCAUUUCGUUUGAUUGGAAUGAACUGGGAUUGACUGGAAUAAGAUUUUUUUUAAAGAAAGAAAAAAAGAAGAAAAAAACAUGGCUCUUUUAGUUCACCUGAAGACGGUAGCCAACCUUCGCGGGAAGGGAGACAGAAUCGCCAAAGUUACAUUCCGAGGUCUGUCCUUCUACACGCGUGUGCUGGAGAACGUGGGAGAAGAGGCCAGAUUUGAGGAGACGUUUCGAUGGCCCAUCGCCAGCAAACUGGACGGGAACGAGAUGUUGGAGAUACUAGUGUUAAACUACAGCAAGGUCUUCACUAACAGGCCUGUAGGCAGCUUUCAGAUGGUGCUGCAGAAGGUGGCAGAGGAGGGCCAGCUGGAAGUCACCGACACGCUCAUCGAUGACAACAACACCUCCAUCAAGACGAGCGUGACCAUCGAGAUCCGUUACCAGACCCUGGACGGCACUGUCGGGGUGUGGAGCGACUGGAUGGAGUUCCUGGACGUCCCUGAUGACCACGAGGGGACGUUCCAGUUUGAGACGGACAGCCUCCUCUCCGGUCACAGCCAGGGGUCAGGGGUCACCGGUGGACGCUCUCCGUACGGCAUCCCCACCUUCAGGAAAGCCGGGAAGGGCGUGUUCGCAGCCAUGAAGCUCGGCAAGAUGAGAAACUUCAAAGAUGACCACAAGAGAGGAGAUGAGCCAGCUGUCCUGGACAUGGAGGAUCUGGACAGGAAGGCCAUGCGUAUGGGCGGGGCUUUGGACCCUGAUACCAUCUCUCUGGCCUCUGUUACCGCUGUCACCACUAAUGUUUCCAAUAAGAGGUCAAAGCCUGAUAUCAAGAUGGAGCCCAGUUCUGGGAGACCAGUGGAUUACCAGAUCAGCAUCACCGUGAUUGAAGCCAGGCAGCUGGUGGGACUGAACAUGGACCCUGUGGUGUGUGUUGAGAUCGGGGAUGACAAGAAGUACACCUCCAUGAAGGAGUCCACUAACUGUCCCUACUACAACGACUAUUUUGUCUUCGACUUCCACGUGCCACCAGACGUCAUGUUUGACAAGAUUCUGAAGCUGUCAGUGAUUCACUCUAAGAACCUACUGCGGAGUGGCACCUUGGUUGGAACAUUCAAAAUGGAUGUUGGUACUGUCUAUUCACAGCCUGAGCACCAGUUUUACCACAAAUGGGCCAUGCUGUCUGACCCUGAUGACAUCACGGCGGGGUGCAAAGGUUACAUCAAGUGUGACAUUGCCGUCGUCGGGAAGGGAGACAACAUCAAGACCCCACAUAAAGCCAAUGAGACGGACGAGGAUGACAUAGAAGGCAAUCUCCUGCUGCCCGAGGGCGUUCCUUCAGAGAGACAGUGGGCACGGUUCUACGUGAAGAUCUACCGAGCCGAGGGCCUGCCCAAGAUGAACACCAGCAUCAUGGCCAACGUGAAGAAGGCCUUCAUAGGAGAGAACAGAGACCUGGUGGACCCGUACGUCCAGGUGCUCUUUGCUGGACAGAAGGGGAAGACGUCUGUCCAGAAGAGCAGCUACGAGCCCGUCUGGAAUGAGCAGGUCAUAUUCACAGAGAUGUUCCCCCCGCUCUGCAAACGCUUGAAGGUCCAGAUACGAGACUCUGAUAAAGUCAAUGACGUUGCUAUAGGAACGCAUUUCUUAGACCUGCGCAAGAUCUCCAACGACGGCGACAAAGGCUUCCUGCCCACAAUGGGUCCUGCCUGGGUCAACAUGUAUGGCUCCACUCGCCAGUACACCCUCAUGGAUGAGCACCAGGACCUGAACGAGGGGCUGGGAGAGGGCGUGUCCUUCAGGGCACGCCUCCUCAUCUCUGUCGCCGUGGAGAUCCUUGACACCACCUCCACUGAGAUCAUGAGCUCCACAGACGUGCAGGUGGAACCAGUGUCCAACAUCUCAGAGAGUGCCACAGGGAAAAUUGAAGAAUUCUUCCUCUUUGGUGCAUUUCUUGAGGCCACCAUGAUCGACAGGAAGAUCGGGGACAAACCAAUCAGCUUUGAGGUUACUAUUGGUAACUAUGGUAACCAGAUAGAUGGGGUGAGCAAGCCGUCAUUGAAGAAGAAGAAAAGGGAGGGAGGAGGGGAGAACGAUGAGGAAGAGUCUGAGCUGAUCCAGAACUCCAGCGAGGAAGAUGAGGCUGAUGAAGAGGGAGACCUGGUCUCUGUCUCCUCCACUCCUCUCAUGAAGCCCGUCAUCACAGACAGGAACUAUUUCCACCUGCCCUACUUUGAGAAGAAGCCCUGUAUCUACAUCAAGAGCUGGUGGCAGGACCAGAGACGCAGGCUGUACAACUCCAACAUCAUGGACAAGAUUGCAGACAAACUGGAGGAGGGUCUGAAUGAUGUGCAGGAGAUCAUUAAGACAGAGAAGGCCUACCCGGAGCGCAGGCUAAGAGGAGUCUUGGAGGAACUCUGCACUGGCUGCAGCCGUUUUGUCACUCUGGCCAACAAGGACCAGAACCAGGCAGGCAGAACCAAACUGGACCGGGAGAGACUCAAGUCCUGCAUGAGAGAAAUGGAGGCCAUGGGCCAGCAGGCUAAGAUGAUCCGCUGCCAAGUGAAGAGAAACACGGUGAAAGACAAAUUCAAGCUGGUGUACAACUUCCUGCUGAAGCUUCGUCUCCUUGCCGACGAGCCCCAGCACAGUAUCCCAGACAUCUUUGUGUGGAUGAUGAGUAAUAAUAAGCGUAUUGCCUACGCCCGAAUCCCCUCCAAAGACAUCCUCUACUCCAUCGUGGACGAGGAGACCGGAAAGGACUGCGGCAAGGUCAAAGCUGUCUUCCUCAGGCUGCCUGGUAAGAAGGGCUUCGGCCCGGCAGGGUGGACUGUGCAGGCUAAGAUGGAGAUGUACCUGUGGCUGGGACUCAACAAGCAGAGGAAGGACUUCCUGAGUGGCCUGCCCAACGGCUUUGAGGAGAACAAGGCAGCCAGGAGCGGUCCCGGCCUCCAGUCUGUUCCCCCUAUCAGCCUAGUGUACAACAUGAAGCAGGUGUUCCAGUUGAGGGCUCAUAUGUACCAGGCCAGGAGCCUGUUUGCUGCUGACAGCAGUGGGCUGUCAGACCCCUUCGCCAGAGUCUUCUUCUCCACACACAGCCAGGUCACAGAGGUCCUGAGUGAGACCCUGUGUCCUACAUGGGACCAACUGCUGGUGUUUGACGAUGUGGAGCUGUUUGGUGAGGCCAGCGAGCUACGAGACGACCCGCCAAUCAUCGUGGUGGAGAUCUAUGAUCAGGAUACUGUGGGCAAGGCGGAGUUUAUAGGUCGUGCGUUCGCCAAGCCCAUCACUAAGAUGUGUGACGAGCACUACGGCCCCCCCCGCUUCCCCCCCCAGCUGGAAUACUACCAGAUCUACCGGGGGAACUCCGCCGCAGGAGACCUGCUGGCCGCCUUCGAGCUGCUGCAGAUUGGUCCAGCAGGGAGGGCAGGGCUUCCUCCUGUCGAGGGACCGACGGAUUCAGACCGUGGACCAAUCAUCCCUGUGCCCUUGGGCAUCCGACCAAUCCUCAGUCGCUACCGCAUAGAGGUGCUGUUCUGGGGUCUGCGGGACCUAAAGAGGGUAAACCUGGCCAAGGUGGACCGGCCCAGAGUGGACAUCGAGUGUGCAGGGAAAGGGGUCCAGUCUGCCCUCAUCCAGAACUACAAGAAGAACCCCAACUUCAGCACCCUGGUCAAGUGGUUUGAGGUGGACCUGCCUGAGAACGAGCUGCUCCACCCGCCCCUCAACAUCCGGGUGGUGGACUGCCGUGCAUUCGGCCGCUACACCCUGGUGGGCUCCCACGCUGUCACCAGCCUGAGACACUUCAUCUACAGCCCUCCAGACAAGAGCUCCAACAACUGGUCCAGCGCAGCUAAACUUAUGAAUGGCUACAUGGUCCUCACCAACGGGGGGUUCCGCCCUAACCCCUCCCUUUACACCCACACCCCUCCCCGCACCCUCUCUCGCCCCCUAGGUGAUGUCAUGGUCAACAUGGAUACCGAGUCCUACAGGAAGAUGGACACAGUGGUCAAAUUAGACGCCACAUCUGAUGCUGUCGUUAAAGUAGACAUGAAUGAUGAGGAGAAAGAGAAGGAGAGGAAGAAGAAGAAGAAGAAAAAGAAGGGGGGAGAGGUGGAGGAGGAGGAGCUGGAUGAGAGCAUGCUGGACUGGUGGUCCAAAUACUUUGCUUCCAUAGAAACCCUGAUGGAGAUCCUGAAGGCCCAGGAGGCAGCGCAGGCAGAGGCAGAGGAGAGGGAGGAGCAGGAGAUAGCAGCUGAGGGAGGAGAGAUCAGAGCUGAUGACAUGUCUGGUAAAGGCCCCAGGGGGAAGGACAAGAAGGACAAGAAGAGCUCCAGGGAGAAGAAGAAGGCUCACGUGGGGGAGGGGCUAGAGAAACGCCCCCCCAAGCCCAGAGUGGAUGAGCUGCUGGUGUACCACAAGGAGCUGGAGAGUGAGUUUGACAACUUUGAGGACUGGCUGCACACCUUCAACCUGUACAGAGGGAAGGCUGGGGAUGAUGACGAGCGUGCCCUGGACGAUGACAGGAUUGUGGGCAGGUUCAAGGGUUCCAUGUGCAUGUACAAGCUUCCACUCUCCAAUGACAUCACCAGGGAGGCGGGCUUUGACCCUAAUAUGGGCAUGUUCCAGAGCAUCCCACAUAACGACCCGAUUAACGUGCUCGUCCGAGUGUAUGUGGUCAGGGCCACUGAUCUGCACCCUGCUGACAUCAAUGGAAAAGCAGACCCCUACAUCGUCAUCAAACUGGGCAAGUCUGAGCUGAAGGACAAAGAGAACUACAUUUCCAAGCAGCUAAACCCUGUCUUUGGCAAAUCGUUUGACAUCGAGGCGACCUUCCCUAUGGAGUCCAUGCUGACAGUGUCCGUGUAUGACUGGGACCUGGUGGGGACUGACGACCUGAUAGGAGAGACCAAGAUUGACCUGGAGAACCGCUUCUACAGCAAGCACAGGGCCACCUGUGGCAUCAGCAGCAACUACUCCAUGCACGGUUACAACCAGUGGCGGGAUCCCUUGAAGCCCAGCCAGGUCCUGGCCAAGCUGUGCAAGGAGGGCAAGCUGGACGGGCCCCACUACGGGCCCGGGGGCCGGGUCAAGGUGGCCAGCCGCAUCUUCCUGGGGCCCACCGACAUAGAGGAUGAAAACGGUCUAAAGAAGCAGACUGAGGAGCACCUGGCUCUGACUGUGUUGAGGCAUUGGGAGGAGAUCCCCAGAGUGGGCUGUAAACUCAUCCCUGAACACGUGGAGACCAGACCCCUGCAGAACCCAGACAAGCCUGGCAUAGAACAGGGGCGGCUGGAGAUGUGGGUGGACAUGUUCCCUAUGGACAUGCCAGCCCCCGGACCUGCCAUUGACAUAUCCCCACGGAAACCAAAGAGAUAUGAGCUCAGGGUGGUUAUAUGGAACACAGAUGAAGUGAUUCUGGAGGAUGAUGAUUACUUUACUGGGGAAAAGUCCAGUGACAUAUUUGUCCGGGGCUGGCUGAAAGGGCAGCAGGAGGACAAGCAGGACACAGACGUGCACUACCACUCCCUGACAGGAGAGGGCAACUUCAACUGGCGCUUCGUCUACCCCUUCGACUACCUGAUGGCCGAGGAGAAGAUCGUCAUCUCCAAGAAGGAGUCCAUGUUCUCCUGGGACGAGACCGAGUACAAGAUCCCAGCCCGCCUCACCAUGCAGGUCUGGGACGCAGACCACUUCUCUGCAGAUGACUUCCUGGGAGCGAUAGAGCUGGACCUGAACCGGUUCCCUCGCGGGGCGAAGACGUCCAAGCAGUGUUCCAUCAACAUGAUCCAGAACGAGCACGACCUUCCCACCAUCUCCAUCUUCAAGCAGAGGAGGGUCAAGGGCUGGUGGCCCUUCGUGGCCCGCGACGAGAACGACGACAUGGAGCUCACGGGUAAAGUGGAGGCGGAGCUUCACCUCAUGACAGCGGAGGAGGCGGAGAAGUGUCCAGUAGGUCUGGGACGCAAUGAGCCUGACCCUCUGGAGAAACCAAACCGUCCGGACACGACCUUCCUGUGGUUCCUCAGCCCGCUGAAGGCCGUGCGCUACCUCAUCUGUAACCGCUACAAGUGGCUGAUCAUCAAGAUCGUGGUGGCCCUGCUGCUGCUGGCCAUGCUGUGCGUCUUCCUCUACAGCAUGCCUGGCUACCUGGUCAAGAAGAUGCUGGGGGCCUGAGGGGGGAGCAGAGGAGAGGACGGGAGGAGGGGGGGAGCAGAGAAGGGGGAGGGG